AUGCUUUCAGGUCAGUUAGUACCACACCUCAUUGCCAACUGGACACAAUUAACUCUCUUGUUUAUAGAUAGCAAUAAGCUCACUGGAAGGAUUCCCUCUGAAAUUAGUUUAUUGACACAACUUCAAUAUCUUUCCCUUAGUAGUAACCAGCUUUCAGGUUGCAUUCCCUCAAACAUUGGGAAUUUGAAAAAGUUGUCUCAACUCCUCCUUUCGACAAACCACCUCUCUGGUGUAAUUCCUUCAACAAUUGGAAAUAUAACAGAGCUCAAUGGGCUAGAUCUUUCAGAAAACUAUCUUAGGGGGCCAAUACCUUGGGAAGUAGGAUAUUUAACAUCACUAUCUCUUGUUUCCAUAAGUUCCAACUUGCUUCACGGACCUGAGACCAUAUCAAUCUUUUGCAAUGUCACAUCUCUUUCACUCCUUUUCAUAGCUGAUAACAAAUUGAAUGGACAUAUUCCACAAUGCUUGGGAAACAUUACAAAUCUCAAAUUUCUUUUUUCUCAAGGCAAUCAGUUUCACGGGGGUAUUCCAAAAUCACUCUGCAAUCCAUGCCACCUUCAUUUUCUUGACCUGUCAAAAAAUUACUUGAGUGGUGUCAUUCCAACGUGCCUGGAAAAUUUUAGCAAUCAACUCUCAAUCUUGCGUCUUGACAAUAAUAAUUUGCAUGGUGCUUUGCAUAGAGAGUUUUGCAGUUCAUCCGCUUUCAAAUUUGUUGACCUAUCUCAUAAUAGUUUGAGUGGUGUUAUUCCUUCGUGUUUGGGAAAUCUAAGCACAACAUUGUCACUACUUGAUUUAAGCAUGAACCAAUUUUAUGGAAACAUUCCAGAAGAAGCUUUAAAGGGUGAUGUUCUGCAAAUUCUCAUCUUGCAUUAUAAUGAAUUUGAAGGACCAUUACCUCGUACUCUGCUCAACUGUACAGCUCUCCAAGUUCUUGAUGUUGGAAACAAUGGUCUAAAUGACUCAUUCCCACACUGGUUAGAUGCUCUUCCACAAUUGGCAGUGCUCAUCUUAAGUUGUAAUCAUUUUCAUGGGGUGAUAGGCAAUCCUACCACCAAGAUUCCAUUCCCUAUGCUGCGUGUUCUUGAUCUUUCCAACAAUCACUUCACUGGACAUUUGCCUGAAAAUUAUUUGCUGCAUUUUACUGGGAUUAUAAAUGAUAUUACUCCUGAUUUAGAUGUAACAUACUCUAGUGACCAUUUUGUUUACGUUUAUGGAAGCUCUGUAAUGCUAGUGGUGAAAGGGUCUGACCAUUCCGUGGAAGAAAUUCUAGCUAAACCUGUACACAGUCAUAGACUUAUCAAGUAA